AUGGCUGAGGCAGUUGUGUCGUUCGGAGUUGAAAAGCUUUGGGAGCUUCUGAGUCGAGAAUCUGAACGAUUGAGUGGCAUAGAAGACCAAGUUUCUGGACUAAAACGUCAGCUUGGAAGGUUACAGUCUUUGUUGAAAGAUGCUCAUGCCAAGAAAUAUGAGAGUGAAAGGGUGAGAAACUUCUUGGAAAAUGUCAAGAACAUUGUCUACGAUGCUGAAGACAUAAUCGAAUCCUUUCUCCUCAAAGAAUUUCGAGGAAGAAACGAAAAAGGGAUCAAGAACAGUGUGAAAAGACUUGCUUGCUUCUUAGUGGAUCGCCGGAGAUUCGCUUUAGACAUCGAAAGCACAACAAAGAGGAUCUCCGAGGAGACUGAGGGAAUGCAGAGUUUUGGAUUACAAGAGAUUAUCAACGGUGGAAGCUCACUGACACUGCAAGACACACAAAGGAAGCAUAGGGAGAUCCGACAAACGUUUUCUUACAAAUCCGAAAGCGAUCUUGUGGGAGUUGAGCAGAGUGUUGGAGAGUUGGUUUGUCAUCUGGUGGAGAAUGAAAACGUUCAAGUGGUUUCUAUAUCCGGGAUGGGCGGUAUUGGCAAAACCACUCUCGCCAGAAAAGUUUUUCAUCAUGACAUAGUCCGGCGUCACUUUGAUGGGUUCUCAUGGGUCUGUGUAUCGCAACAGUUUAGGCGGAAGGAUGUUUGGCAGAGGAUCUUGCAAGAUCUUAGACCACAUGAUGAAGAUGUCAUGCAGAUGGACGAGCAUACACUCCAGGGUGAAGUCUUUAAACUGUUGGAAACCGGUAGAUACUUGCUUGUCCUCGAUGAUAUAUGGAAAGAAGAAGACUGGGACAGAAUCAGUGACGUGUUUCCCAAGAAAAGAGCUUGGAAGAUGCUACUUACUUCACGCAAUGAGAGUGUUGGGUUACAUGCAGAUCCAUCAUGUUAUGCCUUUAGACCAAGAACCCUUACUCCAGAAGAAAGUUGGGAGCUAUGUCAGGGCAUAUUAUUCCCUAGAAGAAAUGAAUCAGAAUUUAGGGCUGCUGAAGAAUUAGAAGCCAUGGGUAAGAAAAUGGUCACAUAUUGUGGAGGACUACCGUUAGCUGUUAAAGUUUUGGGUGGCUUGUUAGCUAAGAAACACACAGUUCUUGAAUGGAAAAGAGUGUAUGACAAUAUUGGAACUCACAUCGUAGGAGAAUCUGGCUUAAAUGACAACAAUCCCAAUUCGGUUUACCGAGUAUUGUCUCUGAGCUACGAAGAUCUGCCGAUGCAGCUAAAGCACUGUUUCCUUUACCUAGCCCAUUUCCCUGAAGAUUACAAGAUAGAAGUAAAGACAUUGUUCAGUUAUUGGGUUUCAGAAGGAAUAAUAACCUCGUUGUAUGAUGGAUCAACCAUUCAAGAUAGUGGAGAAGUUCACCUAGAAGAGCUGGUAAGGAGAAACAUGGUUAUUGUUGAAGAAAGCUAUUCGACUUCAAGAAUGGAACAUUGUCAAAUGCAUGACAUGAUGAGAGAGGUAUGUUUAUCUAAAGCCAGAGAAGAGAACUUUCUUCAGUUCAUCAGAGUCCCAACUUCCACUUUUACCAUCAAUGCUUGUAGAUCACGCAGACUCGUUAUACAUAGUGGUAAUGCACUUGAUAUGCUGGGACAUGAUAAAACCAAUAGAAAAGCAAGAUCUGUUUUGACAUUUGGAGUCGAUGGAAACUUUUGGAAGCCUCCAAGUUUCCGAAGUCUACCAUUGCUCAGAGUGUUAGAUCUUUCUUACGUGAAGUUUAGAGGUGGGAAAUUACCUUCAAGCAUUGGUAUGCUCAUCCACUUGAGAUUCUUGAGCUUGUACGAGGCUGGAGUAUCUCAUCUCCCUUCUUCUCUGCGGAACUUAAAGCUUAUGCUAUGUUUGAACCUAGGUGUUGCUGAUCUGUUACACCUUGUUCAUGUGCCAAAUGUCUUGAAAGAGAUGCAAGAACUGAAGCACCUUGUCUUACCUCGUUCAGUGUCUGAUAAAACAGAGCUGGAGUUGGGUGAUCUAGUGAAUCUUGAGUCAUUGACGAAUUUCUCAACGAAACACACUAGUGUGACUGACCUCCUCUGCAUGACUAAGCUAAGAGUUCUCAGUGUGAAUAUCAGUGGCGGGUGUACGUUUGAAACUCUAUCUUCAUCUCUUCAUGAGUUGAGAAAUCUUGAGAGCCUUGGUUUAUAUGAUCGCCAAAAAGUCCGUGCGGCUGAUCAUGGAGGUGAGAUGGUUCUUGAUUUUAUUCAUCUAAAGGACUUGACAUUGUCCAUGCAUAUGCCAAGGUUUCCAGAACAGAAUCUAUUCCCUCCACAGCUUGAGCACAUAUGGCUAAUCGGAUGCCGUAUGGAGGAAGAUCCAAUACCGAUUCUUGAAAAGUUGCUUCGUUUGAAGUCGGUUUAUUUUUCGUCUGGUGCCUUCUUGGGGAGGAGAAUGGUGUGCUCAAGAGGUGGGUUUCCUCAACUAUGUGCUCUAAAGAUGUCUUAUCAGAAAGAACUGGUGGAGUGGAGAGUAGAAGAAGGGUCGAUGCCAUGUCUUCGUACGUUGACUAUAGAUAACUGCAAGAAGUUGAAAGAACUUCCAGAUGGGCUCACGUACGUAACAUCUUUAAAGGAAGUGAAGAUAGAGAGAAUGAAGAGGGAGUGGUCAGAGAAAUUGGUGCCAGGUGGGGAAGAUUACCGCAAAGUCCAACAUAUUCCCAGUGUUCAGUUUAUUAACUGUGACGGCCACGCUCCUCGCCUCCGCCGGGAGAGGCCCUCUCCUUUCUCCUUCCUUCUCGGCUCUCCCUCCAUUUUGCUCGGUGAGGGUUUCUUACGGACGGCUCGAGCUCCGUGCGGUGGUUCUCACCUCAUGGUAUGGGGAUCGGUGCGGUGGUGGUGUGUGGCGGCUCCUCCCUCCGAUGUGGCGCUCUGGUCUCUGCUCUCGGCGUUCUGGUUGAAGGCUCCGUCAGAUCUGGACAUUUGGCGAUGUAGAAGUUUAGAGGACGAGCUUCUACCGCUGUUUCGUCCAAGGUCCUGGUUUUCUCUUCUUCCGGGUUCUCGUCAAGAGCUACGGCGGCGUGGUCUCUGGUUCGCCGGAGAUGUGGCUCACGCGGUCUAA